GGCGGGCGGCGGGCGGUAGCUGGCAGAAGUCAGUGUCGGGUCGGCAGCUGCGCCGGGCGCCAGUGAGCCGGCUGGCCGCCGCGUGGUGCUGGCGUGGGCCUGUGGUGCUGGUGCGAGCCGUGGUGCUGGUGCAGAGCCGUGGUGCAGCCUAAGCCCCAGACUGUCAGUGGUGGAGUGGUGUGGGACUCCAGCCCGCGGGUGCUGGGAGACUCUGUGUAGGACAGGACGGUCUGCUUCAGAUUCAGGACGGCGGGACUUCAGGUCUGACUGGGGACUGGAAACAGCCCGAGUCAGGAUACACCUGUCCUGCACUGAAAAUCACCGCCGACUGUCCCAGCCGACUUCCUCGAACUUAUAUCGGCACCCGCCGCCACGGACGACAUAUGAUCAGCACGAGUCGCCUGCGUCAAUCCUGACUGUAGCAUCACCAGCCGUACCAGUACCAGUAUUCAGACCAAUAUCAGACUAGUCUAUCCUUCUCAGGCUUCCCGUUUCUUGACUAUCAGCCGUGCCGCUUGCCAGCCUGACGUAUGAAACGCAGCUUGUGCUGCCCAAAUACUGCAUCCUUUUCUCAGCUAUGCUAGCAUGGCAUCAGCUGAACUAGCUCAUGAAUUGCCCUAACCAAGUACCAGUAGACAGCCUGUCCUAACUGGCACCUGCUCUGGCCUAAACUCAAGCCUAUCCUGACCUGACCUGACCUGACCUGAUCCGACUGUCCUCCCCCAGCCGGCCACCAUGAGCCGGAGAGCGAGUCUGUUCGCGCGCCAGAACCCCGGCCGGCGGCGGGUGCGCUUCCCCGACGAGGUGGUUUUCGACGAGAGCGUCAAGGAGAACGACGCCGACGCCGUGGUCAGCAUGCUGCGCCGAGCCAGCGUCGAUAUCGAUGUCAACAGGAUCAACUCGGCAGGUCUGACGGCGCUGCACCAGGCGGCGCUGGACGGCAACCUGCCCGUGGUCAGGAUCCUCACCCGGUUCGGAGCAGACCUCAACUGUCGAGACACCGACUCUUGGACGCCUCUGCACGCCGCCUGCUCCAUGGGGCACCACCACGUGGCCAGGUACCUGCUGGAGAGCGGCGCCGACCCGACUUUGCUGACCGAGGACGGUGAGCGGCCGCUGGACCUGGUGGACCCCUCCGACCUGGCCACCGUGGCCGUUAUGCUGCAGCCUCCCCUCGUCGGACACAGUGCAGAGGAAGAGGAGGAGGAGGAAGAAGACGAUGAAGAUGAUAACAGUGAUCACUCAGACGACCAUGUGGAUAACGGCUGAUGUGUGCGGUGGAGGUGGGAUGGACCGGGUGUGAAGUCACAGUAGCUUGUUACCGAUUUGUGUUGUCCGCAGCACCACACCGAGUCAGUGAGGGUUUAGUGAUGCUGCGCGCUUGGCCGGGAGUUAUGGACCUUGCUGGGUGUGAGCAGCCGUGUACGGUGGUGACCGUGAUCUGAAGAGCAGUCCUGGUCUGGCAGCCGUGUUUGUGUUUGAAUAGUCAGUGCUAAUCGGUGUAGCAUUCUCGCGAGCUUGGUUAGACGAGUGCUGGCCCACUGCAGAAGCCGGCAGGGUCAGUCAGGGGGAGGGAUCGUCUUUUGGCCGGUGAAGCCCGCAGUGCAAGGCUGUCAAAUCGAGGUCAACUAAAGCUGGCAGUGGAUCAGGGCCUCGUAACGCCCUUGUCUUGGUUCGGAAUUGACGAUGUUUGCAAAAUUAGGGUCAUUUUCGACGUGCGCUCAGUGAAGACUGUGGGCAACCGAAGGCACUGCGUGUGAGCAUUAUUGUGAACUGAAAUGUCGCGACGUCAUUGUGCUUGUGCUUUCGAAGGCACCAUGGAUGACCGGCGGGCCCGAGUCAUGAGUAGAUAGACGUGCUGUGUUAUGUCGUACGUGGCAACUUCUCAGUUCCCAGCAACAAGUCAUGCCUCUAAUUUGGGUGUUCGCGCAAGUCGCAGUUUUUGUUCCCUUCCUCAAAAGCAGACAUUAUUUUUGCUGUCUAACUUCAGCAUGCCUGCCUUGAAUUGAGACUCAAAAGUUAGAAGAAUGGUUUAUUUGUCGUGUUUGCAUCCUCUGCACAAUAUAUGUCAUUUCACAAGUGA